UCAGAAACAAUCUGUUUGUAUCGCGCACACUUUUCUUGCCGCGAAAUAAGCAGUGUAAUAAACUGAUUAUAAUAGGCACAUGUACCAUUAUGUUAUUGUGAUAAUUCGUUAACUAUGAAGGAACUGUUAUUUUUUGUGUUAGUGUGUGCUUUGGGCAGUCCUUCAGAAGAAGCAAUAUUAUCAAGUGUGCCACCACAUCUGUUGGACUGCUACCGAAGGGGAGGGCCGGAUCUAGGGGCUCCUCGCAGGCUUGAUGUCUUCCUAUCGCUUUUGCGACGACUUGAGCUAAGCUCACGACUUGACAUGAGGAUGUUCAGCUCUGCUUUGCUUAGAAGUCUUCGGCUAGAUGGCAUAGAAGAAUCUCCCAACACAAUAGAGUCAGAUUACGUUUUACCGUUCAGAGCUUCUGCAUUCCAAUUCCAUAAGUACAAACUGCUCAUGGAACUGUUUCUGCCGAGUCAACCGGAACUGUUGGACGUUGACGACAGUCUAACGCUAGUCGAGAAAUGCUUGCUUCAUAAAAUGUUAAGCUCUUCGGUGCAACCGUGGGAGAGAGGCGAUGAAAAUGUUGUGUGCCCUUUGUCAGCACAACGUCGACAAACUAUGACGCGACAAAGUGCUAACAGAAUUAUCAGCAGAUGUCCCACAGAAGGCGGGGUUAUCAAAACAGAAUGGGGCACCAUAUCGCCUGGCACUCUUGUAGCUGCACUCGCUUCAUCGUUACAACCCCAACAAGUGACAAUAAGCGAUAUUCUAAAAACGGAUAUCUUCAAAGAGGAGAUUUCACAGGCUCUAGUGGACUCUGCGAUGGAGGAUUGGUACACGGAGCAAUCGGUGUUCGAUAUAGAUCUGCAAAGUAGUGAUACUAAUAAUAAUAAUAUUAGCAAUUUGUGGGCUGCUACACUGGCAGGUGACUUAGCGGAAGUAGUUGUGAACCAAGGCCCGAGAGUGGGGGCCUCUGAACAUCGUAUGUUGGUAGGCAGCAACAAUAGAUGGAAUGACACACUUCUGCCACGAGAUUAUUACCUAUUCCCACCAAACGGGACCGUACCAAACUGGCACUUUACUGAUGCAGAGAUUUUAGCUGGUAUAGAUGGUCUGAUCCUAGCAAGUCACUUACCAACCUGGAUGACACAAAGGCGGUCUUUACGCUUAUCACAAGUAUUGGAUAUGUACUACUCUAAUGAAGGGGUAUCAUUCGAUGCUACAGUGCGGGCUUGUAACAGACACGCGUUGUACUCCAAAAUAGUCAAUGGCUCCCAUUUGAUGAGGGAAACAUCUCGAUUCGCGCAUAUGCUAUCGCUACAACAGAUAACUGUGUAUAUUCCAAGGGAAGAGAUGGAAAGGAUGAGUGACGCAGCCGCCACGGCCUUUAUGAAUUAUGUUCCAACGAUCCUAAGAGAUAACCACCAGGAAUGCCGGAAGAUGUUCUCAGACGUCCCUUCAAUGGACUUGAUAGUGGCCACCGAUGGUUCUUGGAAGGGCUAUGAGAUUGAGCAGUUUAUGUCAUGGGUGGCAAACGCUCUAGCAGUGGAAGCCCACAGAAGUACCAUCGCGUUAGUACACGGAAACAAUGGACAGUGGAUCGUGCCGCCUACUACUAACCUUACUUCUUUCUAUUUCACCAUUAGUAACUCCACCACGGAAUGGCCAGUCCGCCUCAACCUCCCUAACGUCAUAUCUCGGAUCAUUCAACACAGUCGCAAUAGAAGUCUGGAAGAAAUCGAGUCAAUGGCAAGUGCAAGCCACAGCACAGUUGUGCUCAUCAUCAGCCCCACAGACCGUCUCUCGUCUGAUGAGCUGGAGCAGUCGAGGGUUCUGAUGCAGUCCUUACGAAGGAGUUUCUUUGACGUCUACUUCGCUUACGUGGCACAGGAUACGACUGACUUUCAGAACGUUAACAACGAGUAUCUGGAUUAUUCGGAGCUGUUUAUAACCGUAAAUUCAAAAGUCAUGACUGAUAUCACGGAUGCUAUUUAUACAAACCUAGUGAAAACAGAAAUUCCAUCAAGAAUAUUCGGCUCUCAAUGUGAGGUCAAUAGCAGAGAAUUUGUGCAAGCACAGUACGAGGAUUUCGUACUGCCAGGCCGCAAACAAACUUAUCGAAUCCAUCCAUUUUAUUUGAAGCAACAACCUAUCGUUCAAGUGCAGUUCCGCAAUGAUGGUCAAGGACAGAUUCUAGUGUGCAUGUGGCGUGGUGCAGAUGUGUCUCGCAGCUGUCAAACGAUCGUCGAACGAGAGAUCUACAUCUUCAACCUGACAGACCCGUGUCCUUCGCCAGACUUUUGCCCGCCAGCUCACUUCGUUGCGACUGCGAUAACAACAACUAAUUUAUGUGCACAUGACGACUGUCGCCUUCCUAACCAAGUAGGUUACUACAUACAUCAUUCUGGUUUGCGCUGUCUGCCGCUCUUGGGCUCCACAGCUGCAGUGACGCCUUUUUGGAAAGUGCAUGUGGCACUUUCUCUUGUAGUCUCAUUAAUAUAUUAUUGUUAUUAUAAUAAAACACUUUAAAAUUUUA